AGUUACUUUCCGUAACGACAUACAAGGUCCUCUCCAACCUUUAGGUUGGAAAGAAUAUAAACAAACAUGACUAUUAUUCUCGAGGAACGUUCCAUAUGAGAGGUUCAACUAAGUCUUAGUGCUGCUGGAAUUGACGAUUGAUAACCUACCUACACUGCCCGGUCAAUUCCAAUGCGCAUUCACAGCAUUCGAUAGGACCCUGAUCACUAAUGCCACUCGUAAACCAUUUGGCAUUAAUUGCACAACUCCUCGCACUGAUCUUCUCCCGUCAAUACCUCAAGGCCAGCAAACGUUUAUCGAGAAACCGACUUUAAGUUCCAAUUUUUAACCACCAUUAAGGAUAGAGGAAUUUUAUUUUGAUUUGAAACCAUGGAUGACGAUUUGCUACAAAGAGAAAUGACCUAUUAUAGGAAAAAUGCACAUAUUGAGAAAAUUUCUCGGGAGCUUGUGAAGGAGAUGGAAUCACGGAUUGAUGAUGAACUGGAAGAUUUGAAAAAGGAGGAAGAGUUAACAACAGCCAAGACGACAGGCAGCAUCAGCGAGUCACACAUCAGAUUCCUACAGGCGAAGGUGAAAUCGAUGCGCGAUUCUUUGAAUUCGCUGCGGGACGAAUACGGCAAGCGUACCGAACAGUGCAAAUCCGUGCAGGACGAUCUGAAAAAGGCGCUCGAGGAGUCAAGUCAAACUCAGCUGAGUUUGAAUGCGGCCAGAGAGACUCUGAAGAAGAAAGAAAAGUUGACUGUGACGCUCACUGAUAAGUUGAAGAUAAGCGAUGCUGAGAACGCGACGCUCAAAAAAGAGUUGACCGCUCUCAAACGAGAAUUGAAACAAAAAACGGCGGAAGCUUCGAAUGUAGAGAGCAAACUCAACCGAGUUUUGGGCGAAAGUGAGCGGAUAAAGGAAUCAGCAAAAAACGCUGAGAAAGAGAAUCGCGAGAAGCUCAGUGCUGACAUUGCAAGAAGGGAGGAAACCGAAAAGGCACUGAAUGAAGUUGGAAAACAGAAAUGCGAGUUGCUUGACGCUCUCAAAAAGCAAAGUGCUUUGAUAGCGAACCUGAAAAAGCAGAAGGCUUUGUUGGAAUGUUCUCUAUUGGCUGAUAUUGCUGCUGACCAGUUCCUAAAAUUAUUGGACUCUGCUGGUAAUGCAGAGUAGUAAGUAAACCACAAUUAUCGAGAAAGUUUCGAAUCGAAUGUGUCAAAUAAUAAAUGUUGGUAUUCCAAGAUGUUUUGUAAACGAAUGUAUGAGUAAGAUUGUAGGGAUAGCCUACUGAUUUUAUUAAAAGAUGUCAAUUAGGGUUGUUGAUAUAAACCUGAAUUAUGAAUAGAUUUGCAAGUCUGCAAUAACUUUCCUUCCCAGUCAAGAAUAAUAUUUCAUUUUUUUACAAUCAAUUAAGAUGUAGUUUAAAAGUUGUCAAUAAUAUGAAUACAUGUUUGCGGAAUGUUUCUUUUUCAGACCUGUGAAAAAUGUCAUAAAUUGAUAAAAUGAAGAAUAAAAACUGUAAGAGAAUUGCAUGUAGGCUACUUUCAACCAAGAUAAUUUGUAAGACUGAAUUAUCAAAAUUGAUCAUUUUGUGUAUCCUUUGCAUGAAGAUUCAUCCAAAUUAUUGUAAGGUGAAUCUUCACCUUUCAUCUUUACUUCAAGUAAACUAUAUAGUAAUGUUCUUCAUUCGAGGGUAUUGCUGAUCUUGGAUAAAAGGAAUUGAUGGAUAAAUAUUGUGAUUUGGAUUUGGAAUGAUUGAUUAUGUUUGCUAGAAUUGUAAGAAAAACGCUUCUGUAGAGAUAGAAGUCUGUAAAAAAUAAAGCUUUGAUGAGAU